AUAACGCAGUUAUGUGUUUGACUCCGGUGUUGACCGUUUUUGGUUAUACGACUGAAGUCUGUGCGUCGAUCGUUUGAUUGUGUUUGAUUUUUAUAAUAAAUAAUUUAAAAUGUCAGAAGUUUCGAUGACAGAAACACCGAAUUUGCGAAAGGUGGAUUUAACAACUUUAAAUCUCCAGCAACUCACAGUGUUGAGGCAACAAUUGGACCAAGAACUCAGUAUUUUCCAAGAUUCGUUGCAGACAUUAAAAAUUGCUCAAAGUAAAUUUCAGGAGUCAGGAUCAUGUCUCGAGAAGAUUACUCCAUCCAUGGAGGGUAAUGAAAUUCUCGUGCCAUUAACUGGAUCCAUGUACGUGGUUGGAAAACUAGUAGACACUAAUAAUGUUCUAAUUGAUAUUGGAACUGGUUAUUAUGCUCAAAAAAAGGUUCCUGAUGCAAAGGAUUACUUUGAUCGAAGAGUGGCUUAUGUUACCGAGCAAAUGGAAAAGAUUCAGCAACUGGGUCUUGAGAAAAGUAAAGUUAGAGAUGCGACAAUGGACGUAAUAGAAAUGAAACUUCAAAAUCAAAUGCCCAAAGAUGAUGCAGAACGUCUCUAAAACAUCAACAGAUGUUUUUAAGUAAUUCGUUUUUUUAUUUGUACAAAUUUGUAUUGGUACUAUGAUUAAAUAACAUUGUACUCUUGUUAAGUCACGAUAAUAAUUAUUUCAAGUUUUAAAGGAAAAUUAGAUUUGAUAGUAAUAA